AUGAUUCCCUCUUCUCUCUCCAGCAGCAGCAACAAGGAACGUGGACGAGCGAAUUGGAAUAACGAUGUUCUCUUCGAUAUUGAACAUUUACCAUUUGUACCCGACACAGAAAACUAUUUUCCAUACACCAAAGGAAUGUUGCACCGGAAAGGAAGCAGAGAGCGAGGAGGAAUGAGUGAAUAUGCACGAAAACACUAUGUGAAUAAUAUUGCUAAAUAUUGGGACAAAUUCUUUAAAGUUAAUCAAGACAAAUUCUUCAAAAACAGGCAAUGGAUGUUAAGAGAAUAUGUGCAAUUAACGCAAGCUAUUAAAAGAAAUGACCGAUUUAAUUAUUGUGAAAUUGGAUGUGGAUGUGGCAAUACAAUUAAUGGAAUUUUGGCGAAUGUACAUUCGGUGAAUGACAAGUUUAAUUCAUCAAAUCAAAUGGAUAUUUAUGGUUUCGAUUGCUCUGAACAUGCUAUCAAAAUUUUGAGAGAACAGUACAGAGAUGCACCAAAUGUUCAUUUAUUUGUUCAUGAUUUGCUUUCUGAAGAGGGAGUGGUCCUGACAUCACAAAUGGCAGAGAAUAUUCCUCAAGACGAGUUUUUAAGACGUCACUUACCUCCAAAACCUCACUCUAUUAAUUAUUCAAGCAUGAUAUUUGUGCUCAGUGCCCUCAGCUCUUUGGACGAUAUGAAGAGGAUCAUCAAUACAAAGAUAUAUGAACUGUUGGCUCAAAAUGGAAUUUUGUUUUUGCGUGAUUAUGCCGUAAAUGAUUUAGCUCAUUAUCGAUACUUGAACGAAAAAGAUAUCUACACUAAACAAUUAAGUGAAGAAUGUUUUGUUCGUGGAGAUGGUACUUUGGUCUAUUUCUUUUCCAUUGACUCUCUGAAAUCUCUGUUCAAUGAAGAUAAGUUUCAGAUAAUUUCCUGUGAAUACGUGGAUAAGGUAGUUGAAAACAAAGGUGAAGGAUUAACAAUGAAUCGAAAGUUCAUUCAACUCAUAUGUAGAGCCAAGUAA